CAGUGACCGUGACAAGGAAUGGUGAAACUGUUGAGUUUGUAAAGGAUGAAUACAUUCAGAGCGACAUUGAAAAGAUGAAGGCAAAGCUGCCAACCUUGAAACCAGCAUUUCGAAGACCGAAUGGUACCAUAACUCCUGCCACAUCGAGUGGGUUGACAGAUGGUGGCAGUGCCAUGCUGCUAAUGUCCGAAGAGAAGGCAAAACAGUUGGGAUAUCCCACAGAUAUCAGCGUAAAAAGCUGGCAUUUUUCUGCCAUUGAUCCGUAUCCACAACUUUUACUUGCCCCUGUGCUUGGGUGGGGUCCAACAUUAAAACGCGCAGGUCUUACGGCGGAGGAUAUUGAUCUCUUUGAGAUUCAUGAGGCGUUUGCUGCGCAGGUGCUUGCAACUAUCAAGUGUCUACAAUCUCCGGAAUUUUUUGAAAGAUACACCGGUUCGAGGGAUGUUGUGCUGAGGGAAAAAUUUGAUUUUUCCAAACUGAAUGUUAAUGGAGGAGCUAUGGCGCUCGGUCAUCCUUUUGCAGCCACCGGUGGACGCCUUGUAACAUCAUUGGCAAAUGAGCUGCGCCGUUCAGGCAAACGUCAUGGUCUUAUUAGCAUAUGCGCUGCUGGUGGAUUGGGGGGCAUUGCCAUUUUGGAACACACACCCGAGACAAACUAG